ACACGGAAUGUAUCUUUGACGAACCAAACAUCCGCGAAGCAACUAAAGCAGACAACCGGAGUAUUUAUAACACGCAGUAGCGCUUUUCCACUUUUUUUCCGCUGUCAUAAUGUCUGAUGAGGAAGAGGACUAUAUGUCAGAUGCAUUUCUUAGUAAAAUACAAGAUGUGAAGCCGGGUGUCAGCAUGGUGAGGCGGGUAAAAGAAGCGAUAAAGAAGGAGACGCAGCAAAAGGAGACGAAUGUCAAGAACCGUCAGAAGACGUAUAAAGAGCAGGAGAAGGAAAGUAGAGAGGCAGCUUUAGAAAACUCAAUUUGCAAUGCGAACAAGGGAUUCGCACUUCUGCAAAAAAUGGGUUACAAAGCUGGUCAAGGCCUCGGGAAGGCGGGUGCAGGACGGGUUGAUCCAAUUCCUCUAAAUAUCAAAACUGACAGAGGUGGCAUUGGAAUGGAAGGGGUGAAGAAAAGAAAAGCCGAGCAAGAACUUGAACAUUAUCGUCAGAAAGCACGGGCUAAACAGCAGAAUGAGACGAAGUCUCUGGAAGACUUUAGGUCGCGAGUAAGGACAGAGAGAGAGGAACGAAAGAUUGAAGGAGAUCUCAGAAGGAGUCAGAGGGCCUGUGAACAGCUUGACAGUCAGAAGGGCAUCACGGUCCCCAGGGAAGACUGGUACUGGCCAAAAGUAGAGACUGAGGAGGAGGAGGAGGAGGGGGAAGAGAAGGAAGAGGUGGAGGAGGAUGAGGAGGAGAAGAAGAAGAAGAAGAAGAAGAAGGAGGAGGAGGAGGAGGAGCAGGAGGAGGAGGAAGAAGAAGAAGAAGAGCAGGAGAUUGUGGAAUUAACCUCCUUUGACAAACUGCAAAUUAUCACAUCCUAUCUGAGAGGAAUACAUUUUUACUGCAUAUGGUGUGGAACCACCUAUAAUGAUGAAGAGGACUUGUGCUCCAACUGUCCUGGGGAUACAGCAGCAGACCACGAUUGAACACGAUAAAAAAGAAUAUGCUCAGUGGUUCCCAGUGAAAAAGCAGUUACCUUUUACAGUGGGCUGAUCACACUUGGCUUUGAUAUACAGUGUUGGCAAAUAGGUGAACUCAAAGUGGAGGAAUAUGUAUUUAUCAUCCCAAUUGGAAUCCUUUGUCCAUCUCCAGAAGGUCGUAGCUGUUUAUGUGGUUUGUAGUUGUCGGCCCUACAUUUUUCUUUACAUUUAGGAAUUCUGUGGGAAAUUUAGGUAAACUUUGAUGUAUAUAUUUUUUCAAACGUUUUUUUAGACAGGUAUGCAAUCGCUCUUGAAACAUGUGUUUUCAUUAAACAUUGAAAUAAUUAUA